AACUGCUCGAAUUGUUCGUUAGGACGUGGCCGAAUUAAUACCGAUGCAAUUCCACGCGUCAACAUAACUUCAAAAUAACUUCAUUAAAUGUAACAUCGUCCAGCGUACAUCGGUUGCUGCGUUUAUUCUGCUGCCGCGUCUGGUUGUAAAUACUGUUACCGAGUGUAGAGCUACCGGAGGAAUCGACGGACCCUGAGAAAUCGUAACAAUGCAAAAGUUUUUCGUACUGCUGCUGCUGGCAUUGCCAGCCGUCCUGCUGACGGUGAAUACCGGAUCGAGUCCGUUCGCCUUUGCCGCGGAAGAUGAGCUGGACGAAGAGCUGGUCGAUGUGGAAACGGAGGAUGCCGCUGUCGUGGCAGAUGAAACGGAACCAGAGGACGAACCUGAAACGACAAAGUCACCGGAUGCGGACACGUACUUGCUCUUCACACGACCCCUACAUGCAACCGGUUCGCAGCUUGAACUGCCCGCUGGCUACCCAGUGGAGUUCUUGGUUGGUUUCACGAACAAAGGCGAGUUUGAGGAUUUCGUCGUCGAAUCGGUCGAAGCGUCGUUCCGGUAUGCCAUGGAUUUCAGUUACUUCAUCCAGAACUUCUCGGCCGUCCCGUACAAUCGUGAGGUAAAACCGGGCCAUGAAGCAACCGUUUCGUACUCGUUCCUACCAACCGAAUCGUUUGCCGGUCGUCCGUUUGGACUGAACAUUGCUCUCAACUAUCGUGACGGACGUGGUAAUCAGUUCAGUGAGGCGGUAUUCAACGAAACCGUCCAAAUUACUGAGGUUGACGAAGGACUGGAUGGUGAAACGUUCUUCCUGUACGUGUUCUUGGCCGCCAUCGUCAUUCUGCUGCUGGUGCUCGGUCAACAGUUCCUGGGAUCGUACGGCAAGCGGAAACGUCCGACAGCAGCCCGCAAGGUCGUUGAAACCGGUACCGCCAGCACGAAAGACGUAGACUACGAAUGGAUCCCGUCGGAAACGUUGAAACAGCUGCAAAACUCCCCCAAGGGUGCUCCCAAGUCUUCGCCAAAACAGAGUCCCCGACAGCGAAAGGCCAAGGCAAGCGUGCAGUAAUUGCACCCAUGCCGCGUGUAACAGUGAAAGACUCACCAGUACACUCCAUUCCGUGCUGGAUCUGGAUUGUGUGCACUUUAUCACCACAACUCAUCCCUUCCCGUUUCCUUUCCACCACCGUGUCGUUUCGCAAGCAUCGUAUCAUUUCCUUUAGUGAUUUAUAACGCAGUGUCGCUAUCAUCUCCUUUGACACCUGCGCUCAGUAACUUAGAAUAAUCCCGCUGUACACUCGUGAGACUGCAACCGAAUGAGAAUGGAUGGUUAAAAGCGCAACUAGAAACACGUGCAAGAAAGAGGCAGAGAUAGCAACACCUUCGAAAAGAACGUUGCAUUAGGCAGCAAGCAAAUGAUUUGGAGCUUCCAUCAGAGAUCGUGAGCAGUAGAGCACGUUCACGAAAGCACAAGCACAACAAACGCUAAUGAAAAACUCCUAGUUCUGACAUUAGGGAACGCAUUUAGCGCUUCCAGCGUGGGCUUGUUCGGUUGAAAUUACAUUACGUUUCUUCAUAAUUUUGUUUGUCGUUAGACUAUCACUUCGAUAGCGCAAACGCGCAACAUCAUCACCUCAGAGAACGCUGCUGCAAAGCAUAAUGAUGGAGGAAACUUUACUCAGCGGAGAGUCCGUUAGAAAAUGUGUUUUUCUUUCUUUAUCCGUGGUUGAACUGUUUAUACUACUAAUUUAAUGAGAAAGCGUGAAUACAGAGAAAUAAAAGAGAAGAAAAAUAUACUUAA